AUGGGAAUGUUAGAAAGUCUUGAUCUAUCAAACAAUCAAUUGUCUGGGAAAAUACCCACAAGCUUGGCACAAUUACAUUACUUGGCUGUUCUUGAUUUGUCGAACAACAAUUUGUCCGGAAAAAUUCCACCAAGUACUCAACUCCAGAGCUUCAAAGCAUCUUCUUACGCCAAGAACAAGGGACUCUGUGGCCUCCCACUAGCGUUGUGCCCCGGCGAUAGCUUGAGGCCGUCCACCACUAAUCCGGGGGAAAACAUGAAUAAGAAAGGCGGCAGCCUCUCUUUUAUGCAAGAAGUGGCCAUAUCAAUGGGCUUUGGUUUUAUAUUUGGAUUUUGGGGAGUGUUUAACUCAAGAUAUUGUUCUAUCUUUCUAUUCUUUGUUGACAGAGGUGGACAAGCUAGUAUAUGGUACAAGAAGAAGGAACAAUAA